GCCAUCAGAAGUUAUCUGGAACCAGCCCCUGUCUGUGGUGCUAUUUCUUUCUUGUCAGUUCCCCUUUCUGCAUUUGAGUUCUAGUCUCAGCCCUGACAUUAUUUCUUUCUCUACAAAGAGCGUUAGGAAGUUAUGGGGAGCUCACAAAGGCUCCUCAUCGUUUAUUCUUAACACCUUGUUUCUGUGUUCCUCGGGAAUGUCACUGAGCUUAUACAUCUGGUCUCUGGGAGCUGCAGUGGAUGGGCAUUUGUGACAGCACUAUGGGACUGAGUCACACUCUCCUUGUGAUGGCCCUCCUGCUCUCUGGUGUUUCUUCCAUGAAGAGUCAAGCAUAUUUCAACAAGACUGGAGAACUGCCAUGCCAUUUUACAAACUCUCAAAACAUAAGCCUGGAUGAGCUGGUAGUAUUUUGGCAGGACCAGGAUAAGCUGGUUCUGUAUGAGAUAUUCAGAGGCAAAGAGAACCCUCAAAAUGUUCAUCUCAAAUAUAAGGGCCGUACAAGCUUUGACAAGGACAACUGGACCCUGAGACUCCACAAUGUUCAGAUCAAGGACAAGGGCACAUAUCACUGUUUCAUUCAUUAUAAAGGGCCCAAAGGACUAGUUCCCAUGCACCAAAUGAGUUCUGACCUAUCAGUGCUUGCUAACUUCAGUCAACCUGAAAUAACAGUAACUUCUAAUAGAACAGAAAAUUCUGGCAUCAUAAAUUUGACCUGCUCAUCUAUACAAGGUUACCCAGAACCUAAGGAGAUGUAUUUUCAGCUAAACACUGAGAAUUCAACUACUAAGUAUGAUACUGUCAUGAAGAAAUCUCAAAAUAAUGUGACAGAACUGUACAACGUUUCUAUCAGCUUGCCUUUUUCAGUCCCUGAAGCACACAAUGUGAGCGUCUUUUGUGCCCUGAAACUGGAGACACUGGAGAUGCUGCUCUCCCUACCUUUCAAUAUAGAUGCACAACCUAAGGAUAAAGACCCUGAACAAGGCCACUUCCUCUGGAUUGCGGCUGUACUUGUAAUGUUUGUUGUUUUUUGUGGGAUGGUGUCCUUUAAAACACUAAGGAAAAGGAAGAAGAAGCAGCCUGGCCCCUCUCAUGAAUGUGAAACCAUCAAAGGGGAGAGAAAAGAGAGCAAACAGACCAACGAAAGAGUACCAUACCACGUACCUGAGAGAUCUGAUGAAGCCCAGUGUGUUAACAUUUUGAAGACAGCCUCAGGCGACAAAAGUACUACACAUUUUUAAUUAAAGAAUAAAGUCCAUAUAACUGUCCAUUGUUUAUAUGCCUUUCCCUUCAAGUUUUGGGCUUACCUUUUUUUGUCUAUUAAUAUUAUUAUUACCAUUAAUAAUAGUGGAGGUUCCAGGAUUCCAUCUGAGAAAGCCACCCUGUAAUGCCAGCUCUGCUCCCUACCUCAGGAGCAGACCUUAACUGCUUCUUUUCAUUUCAGAGCAAAUUUGUGCGCCAAGCUCACCUGACUGGCUCCUGGCUCAGGAAUAAUGUUUAAGACUAACACCUCCUGUUUCACAUUCAGCCUUCUUUUCUUAAUUUUAUAAAUUGCGUUUUAUGUAGAACUCCCAAUUACUGGAAUAAUGGCUUUUAUCUAUGAUAAUUCUAAGGUAGUGCCUCAUUCUAUCUUGUAUAUUUGUGACUGAAUAACUACCUCUUCAGUCUUGUGGGAGCUAUAUAUUUUAUGGCUUUUAUAGUAUUGCUAUUAAUAUCUUGAAACAUAAAGAGAUGUGGACUAUAAUAAUGUAAUUACUAUGCCCUGAGAAAAUCACUGCUGAGGAGCUCUUGUCCCUCUGUGAAGAUCAGUAGGAAAAUGGUGGCUUGGCGUGCUGACAAUGAUGAGCAGACCAACUCAAAAUUUGGAAAAUUAAGAACAAUGAAGAUGGAAUCAGCUCUGGAUCCUGGAUCCACUUCUAUCUGGGCCCUUGCUAACCUGAGAAGGAUCCGCCUGCGGAACAAGCUAUAGAUAAGCCUUAGCAGAGAACACUGGGUCAAGCACUGCGCAUUGUGAACCUACUUCUCUUCUUGAAAGAAAUGACUGAGACGAUGAUCCAGGGCAACUAUGCAAGAGCCAACUGAGAGAUCACAACACUCAAAAGAGAAAAAAAAUGAAAGAUCUUGACAACAGAGAUGCACAUGAAUGUCCUGUCUGUCCAGUCCUCUGACAAACCUUGGGAUUAGCAACAGGUAGACAGUCUGUCCAAAAGGACUUAAGACAGACAGCAGCUUCCAUGGUGGUUGGUGAGAAGUUUGGAUAAUAAUCAAGUUAUUGUGAUGUUUCAUCUGGCUGCAGGCAGAGCAGGGGAGGAAGAGCUAUCAUCUUGAUAAUGGGAUAAAUGGAAGGAAGCUUAGGACUCUUUCAACUUACUUCUGAGACACAAAGAGCUAGAUUGGAAUCAGGAGGACCAAGAUGUAAAUCAUCUAAAGGCCAACUUAGCUGGCAGGUGCCCUAGGGAGAGAUCAGCUGGCCAAGAGCAGGGCUGGCAAAUUUAUAUCUGAGGACUGUCUAUAUGUCAUUAUAAAUGAUGGGGAAACUGGGUACACGAGAGGACUAUACUAGCCCAGUAGAGAUGAGUCAGAUGACCCUGGCUCUAAAGCAGCAUCACUAAGGGACGAGGCAGCCUCAGUCCAAACCAAGAGAGAACUUUGGGAGGCCCAACCCACAGAAAUAUUUCUUCUUAUUCUACAUAAAGGAAUCUAGAAGGUUGCAGACAGCUGUACUAGCCAUGCUUGUCCUUGUAAUAUUACCAUUUGUGUGUUCUUCCCUGCAUUUGCUUCAUUAGGCCAUAAGCAUCUUGUUGGUUUCUAACAUGUUUCGUAUAGUGAGUUCUUAAUAAAUUUUUCUUAAAUUGA